AUGCUUAGCGAUUUGGAAGCCAGUGUUGAUGUCGAUACAGAACCGGUGAAAAUUAUGAAUGAUAUCUGGAAUGAUUUCUGGAAAACACAAAUUAAUUCAGUUCUUCUAAGCUGUUCCGAUGGAUCGGAGACAUCUCCAAUCCCUGAAAAUGAUAAAUCCCUUUCAUCACGUGAGCAAACAGCGUCACCAGAUGAGGAAAUGCCAAUGGAGGAAGAUGGAGGACUAAUGGAGGAUGAUACAGAUAUUGGAGAAACAUCUGCAAAGAGGAGAAGGACCAGAACUAACUUUUCGGGUUGGCAACUGGAAGAACUAGAGUCAGCAUUUGAAGCUUCUCACUAUCCAGAUGUCUUCAUGAGAGAGUCAUUGGCAAUGAGAUUGAAUUUGUUGGAGAGUCGAGUUCAGGUGUGGUUCCAAAAUCGGCGAGCAAAAUGGAGAAAGCGAGAGCAGAAUCGACAUACUGGAAGUGAUCUUAAAAAAGUGGGAGAUGGAUUGGGAGCUGAGCCAAAGCCUCUCCCAACAUUUCCCUUCUCCAUCGACAGUAUCCUGGCUGUUAGUCGUGUGCCACGUGGCAGAAGACCAAAUGCAAAGUAUCCAAGGGUUCAGGCCUGCAAAAACCUAUCCCCAUUCAUGCUCCCGUUGUUCCCCAUCACUCAGCCCGGUGGAAAUGUGAUUCGCGAGAAAUCGCCACCACCGGUGCCACAAGCAGCACCAGCCAAUCCAUUGACUACUGUAGCCGAACUUUUGAAAAGUGUAUAA